UAUAAAACUUGAUCCUUUCUAUUUUUUUCUUAUCGUAAUUUUGUUUUCAGAUAAAAUGAUCUGAAGAGAAUAUGGCUGGACAGUUUAGGUAUACAGUUUGGGACCCUGUCAUGAUAAUUAGUCAGAUAGUUACACUGCAAUCUGUCUUCUAUGUGUGCCUAGGUUUAUGGAUAACUUUGUUUGAUUUAAUGACGGGAGAAAGUAGAUCUCUUGAUCAAAUAUUCAAAUAUCAGGCGUUGGCACCUGCAAGUUUCAGUGGAAAGCUAGUGAUUGCUGCAUUCAUCCUUAAUGCUCUGAACUGUUCUGUCGGUCUGUGGUAUGUUGUACAGCGGACUAAACUUUGCCUUGACUUCUCAUGUACUGUACAUCUUCUACAUCUGGUGAUCUGUGUCUGGUAUAACUCCAGUCUUCCCUACACAUUGUCCUGGUGGAUGAUCAAUAUAGUGUGUACUGCUAUUCUCUGUGUUACUGGAGAAUUCCUCUGUAUGAGAACAGAGCUUCAAUCUAUUCCUGUCAGUAUGGGACCUAAAACGGAUUUAUGAUCAAAACCUUAAUCGGAACUGCAUCAACCAAACCUCCUAAACGGCAAACAUAACAUUUAAAACUAAUCAAAAAA